UUCUACUACAUCUACCAUUAUUCCCCAUCGCAAUGGCGUUCCCCCCCACCUCCACAAUACCCUCACGCACAUUCCGGAAGCAACAAUGCCUCCCUUAUCCACCAUAACGCCUCUCCCCACCCGUUGCCCUCUAAACUACCCUACCCCCCCACCCCACCACGUCGGCACACCACCAACAUCCUUUGUCAACCCCUGGCCCUCCUACAACCACACAAAUGUAUCCCAGGUCAUUAAAACACGGUGGUUCAGUCCGAAAAACUACGCUCCCGUGCCCCAGGACAGGGUCGGCCUUCCCGCGAUCCGGACACUGAAUUUCGGGGAAGAAUCUGCAGAGAAUGGGUUGAAAGCGACAUGGAUCGGCCAUGCGAGCUUCCUCGUCGAGGCCACAAAAGCUGAAGGGAAGGAAAGGGGGAUGAGGAUAUUACUGGACCCUGUAUGGAGCGAGAGAGUCGGGCCGUAUGGUAUGAUCGGCCCAAUACGAUUUACGCCUCCGCCGUGUACGGUUGAUGAGCUACCCAAUGUUGAUGCUGUGUGUAUCAGUCAUGACCAUUAUGAUCAUCUUGAUUCGGAUACAUUGAAGAAGUUGAAUGCGAAGCAGAAGGGGGAUUUGAGUUUUUUUUGUGGGUUGGGGGUUAAAGCUGUGCUGUUGGGUUUGGAAAUAGGGAUAAAAGAUGAGCAGGUUGUGGAAUUGGAUUGGUGGGAUGGAGUUAAGGUUGAAAAAGAAGGCCUAGAAAGUGUGGAACUUGUGUGUACUCCUGCGCAACAUCGGUCGGGGAGAGCGCCGUGGAAUUUCCAGAGGACGCUCUGGUGUAGUUGGGUUGUGAAGGAGACUCUCACGCCAUCUUCUAGGGCUGGGAAGUCUCUUUUUUUCGCAGGCGAUACAGGCUACUGCCACGUCCCCUCCGACGACCUCCCCUCCCACCACUCCGCGCCCCACCCUCCCUGUCCCGCCUUUAGCGAAAUCGGGACUCUCCAUGGGCCUUUCGAUCUCGCUCUCCUGCCCAUCGGCUGCUACCAACCUCGUGCUUUCAUGUCCGGAGUGCACUCAAGCCCGGAGGACUCAAUUUCUAUACAUAAGAACGUGCGGAGUAAGAAGAGUAUUGGGAUGCACUAUGGGACAUUUAGGGGGAGCUUAAGUGAGCAUUUUGAGCCGGUUACCGAGCCGCCGGAGAGGUGGAAGAGUGCGGCGGAGAAGGAGGGAUUGGUGUGGGGGUCGGAGGUUGGGUUGUGUGAUGUCGGGGAGACGGUCGUGGUUUGAAAAGGAAGGGGAUUGUUUCAUUGGCAUACACAGGUUUGAGAUUUUGUUUUCAAGAAGUGCAACCUCAAUUCAUUGCUGUUAACCCCGGAGCUCGCUACCUUAGCACCGCCUCAUUCACAGACACCUCGCUAAGCAGGGUAUCCCUGCAAGUCCAAGGCAACGUCAGGCAACACUGCGCCACAUCUGCAAGCUAAUUCCACACCGCGUUCAGCU